AUGGCUGAACCAGAGAACUUUGAGGAGGACCUCUUCGCCGACCUCUACGAGGAUGGUGACGGCCCCAAGGGCGCAUCUGGCCCUCAGCCCCCCAAACCUGCCGAGCCUACUGGUCCCAGUGUACCAGCAGCGCAACCUGCCGCGACAGAAUCAGCGAAUAAAGAAAGCAGCCACGCCAUGGACGAAGACGACGACGAUGACGAUGAUGUCGAUUUUAACUUAGGCGGCGGCGGCGCCCCUCCUUCAAACAAUUAUGCGCAACCAGAACCGGAAGAGGAACAAGAAUUGUCGGCACCUCCGAUGGGCACGGUGCACAAGGCCAGCGCCAAAGAUGAUGGUAAAAUGUUCAUUGGUGGACUGAAUUGGGAAACCACAGACCAAUCCCUGCGGGACUACUUCAGCCAAUUCGGCGAAGUUGUUGAAUGCACUGUUAUGCGCGACAGCAACACGGGAAGAUCCAGAGGAUUUGGUUUCUUGACCUUUAAGGAUGCCAAGACGGUAAACACUGUCAUGGUCAAGGAGCAUUACCUCGACGGCAAAAUUAUCGAUCCCAAGAGAGCCAUCCCUCGCGAUGAGCAAGAAAAAACGAGCAAAAUCUUUGUUGGUGGUGUCAGCCAAGAUACGACAGACCAGGAAUUCAGGGACUUUUUCGCCCAGUUCGGCCGCGUUAUUGAUGCCACUCUUAUGAUGGACAAGGAUACUGGCCGGCCAAGAGGUUUCGGUUUCGUCACAUUCGAAAGUGAGGCUGGUGUCGACGCCUGCAUCAAUAUCCCUCUCGAGAUACACGGCAAACCUAUUGAGGUGAAGCGUGCACAGCCCCGCGGUAACUUGCGCGAGGAAGAGGAGGCAGCGAAGCGCGGCAAAUUCAAGAAGGCAGAUGACCAAUCGCAAGGCAUGCAGCAGAUGGGCAACAGCGGCAUGACCCCCCAAGUCAUGGCGCAGUACUUUCAGCGUAUGCAACAAUACUUUGCCAUGAUGCAGUCUCAGAUGGCCAUGAACCGCGGCAUGAACAUGAACCCAGCUAUGUGGCAAAACAUGAUGCAAAUGCAGCAGAUGCAGCAGAUGAUGGGUCGUGGCGGUGGUGGUGGACAGGGCGGCCCCAACAUGAUGAACCCCCAAAUGAUGCAACAAAUGCAGCAACAGAUGCAGCAGCAGCAGCAGAUGAUGCAGCAGCAGCAGUCGCAGGGAUCACCACAGCCACAGCAGCAAGGCGGUGCUAGUCCCACCAGCCAGGGCAAUGGAGGUGGUAGCUCCCAAGGCGGUUUCGAAAACAAUAACUUUGAGCAGUUCCAGCAGCAACCACCCCAGGGCCCGGGUGGUGCUCGCCGCGGUGGUCGUGGCGGCUUUGGCGGCGGCCAAGGAGGCUACGGUGGUAUGGGCGGCGGCCAUCAAGGCGGCAAUGCGACAUCCUGGGAGGGCAUGUAUGAUGACCCUCAGCCCGGUGGUUACGGCCGUGGCAGCCACGAUGCUCCUCCGGCCAACGCACCCACGGGACCCAAGAACCCAGGUCGUGGUGCCAGUGGCGGUAGCUACCGUGGUGGCGGCCGUGGAGGCAACCGAGGUUUCCACCCAUAUGCUAGGUAG